AUGUCCGUGUCCCAACCAUCGAGUCGCGCCGAUGAAGUGCGAGAACUUCUGAGCGCCGUUGAAGAUCUCCUCAUCCCGUUCAUCCGGUCCGCCGACGAAAAUCCUCUUGGCCAUGCGCAACUGCAGGAUGGGGUCAAUGGGGCGAAUGGUGUGAAUGGACACCUAAAAAAUUCGCGGACAGCUUUAGUCGAUUACAAGAAACCGGAAGAGCUCAGGGAUAUUCUACAACUAUCGCUACCGGAAAAGGGUGCCAGACAAGACGGCCUGAUUGAGGUUCUCCGCAAAGUGCUGAAGUAUUCCGUGAAUACAUGGCAUCAAGGAUUUCUUGACAAACUAUAUGCCUCAACGAAUGCUCCCGGUGUGGCAUCGGAGCUGAUUUUGGCGGCUCUCAACACGAACGUUCAUGUCUACCAAGUCUCGCCGGCUUUGACUGUUAUCGAAAAGUAUACGGGAAAAAAGUUGGCUUCGCUAUUUGGCUUCAGCGGUCCACGAGCAGGUGGAAUUUCUGUACAAGGUGGCUCCGCAUCCAAUACCACCUCGAUUGUCAUUGCGCGCAACAACCUAUAUCCCGAUACGAAGAAAAAUGGCAAUGGGGACUACAGGUUUGUGCUCUUUACCAGCAACCACGGCCAUUACAGCAUCGAGAAGGCGGCACAGAUGCUGGGCUUAGGAAGCAGCUCCGUCUGGGCAGUGCCCGUGGACAAGCAAGGUCGCAUGAUCCCAGAAGAACUCGAGAAGCUUGUCCGAAAAGCACUCCAGGAGAACAGGACACCGUUCUAUGUCAAUGCAACCGCCGGAACGACAGUAUUGGGCUCCUUUGACCCUUUCAGCGAGAUCGCCGCCAUCUGUCGGAAAUACAACCUCUGGUUCCACGUGGACGGCUCAUGGGGCGGCUCGUUCGUCUUCUCAAAGCGCCAGAAGCACAAACUCGCUGGUGCCGACAAAGCUGAUAGCAUCGCCAUUAACCCUCACAAAAUGCUCGGUGUCCCCGUGACUUGCUCCUUCCUCCUAGCCGCAGACAUCCGCCAGUUCCACAGGGCAAAUACUCUCCCAGCCGGCUACCUGUUCCACGGCGAAGACACGGAACCGCAACCCAACGGCGACCUCAGCUCCGCGGGAAACGAGCUCUCCGUCGAUUCUCCAGAGGUCUGGGACCUGGCUGAUCUCACGCUGCAAUGUGGACGACGCGCAGACUCCCUCAAGCUCUUUUUGGGCUGGACAUACUACGGUACGGAGGGAUACGAGCAGCAGAUCGACACGGCCUGCGACAUCGCCGCACACCUGGCGACUCUCGUCUCCGAGAACCCCAACUUUAUCCUCAUCAGUGAGAACCCUCCCCCUUGUCUCCAGGUUUGCUUCUACUACGCUCCGGGCGGACAGCUCGUCCACCCGCGCGGCAUUGUAUCGAACGAGACCGAGCGCGCAAAGGCAAACAGCAAGGUCACGGAACAGGUGGCCCAUGCUCUGGUGCACAAGGGGUUCAUGGUUGACUUUGCACCUCCUAGUGGGGACGAGAACGCUGCCGGGAACGGAAAGUUUUUCCGCUGCGUGGUCAAUGUCCAGACGACUCGCGAGACUGUUGAAGGUCUUGUGCGUGCUAUUGAGGAAGUUGGGCCGGCCAUCAUCGAGAGACUUAAGGCUGAGGCUGCUUCGGUUCCUAAGCAGAGGCCCGGAGAACGAGGCCACGGACCUGUUGUCCACCAGCCUUAG